ACGACUCGCACAAGUCUAAUCAGUAGAAACUUAGACUGCGAUACCUAGUCAAGAAACCAAGAAUUUCAAGCCAGAAUUUUACUUCCCUUUCGAUAUUUUGUUCUUCAUUACCUUGAUUAAAUCAAAAUGGAUGAACCCGCAGGAGAAGUUCAAUUUCGCUGUAAGCUUUGUCAAUUUACCGGAUCUGACAAAACCGAAAUUGCGGAACACUUUCUAAGUGAACAUAUUGAGGUAGAAUAUAUAACACCCACAAAGAAGGGGAAGAUAGAUAAGGAGAAGAAAGAAAAACUUUUAGACGAGAAAGAAAAAGAGGGAAAUGAUAGUUUUACUGAAAAGUCGCCAUCAAGGAAACGCGGUCGACCAAGGGGCAAGACGUCAAGUAGUGUGAAAAGUCCAAAGAUUGCAUUUUCUCCGGAGCCAGCGACUUCUCAAGAUGAUCCGGGGCAUCUCGGCCGUGGAAUGAGAAAAAGGAAGAAGAAACUCUCAUUAGAUGAAGUGAACAGUGAAGAUGUUGACGAUGGCGAUGAUGACGAUGGUGACGAUGACCAUGGCGACGACGACGAUGAAGAAGAUAUUUUGGACGAUGAAGAGCAUGAUAAUGAUAGCGAAGUCGAAGAUGAAUCGACGGAAGAGCAAAUUUCGAAUGAGGCGAAUAAGAAUACGAUUAAAUUAAAACCAUUGGAGUUCAAACCACGACGUCGAGGUCGACCACGGAAAAAUGAGCGGCGAACUCAUCGGAAGAGGGACCGAAACUGGAGCACCAUGGACGAUGUCAAACCUAAAAAUGAAGAGCGUGUAAAAUUGAAUCUUGUAGUCCCUAUGAAGGUGUUUAAAAAGAUCCUUCGGGAUCGUGCUGACGAGUGGCAGAAGACAUACGAUGAUGAACAUAGUCUGAAUCUGUUUCGUUGUGAGGUCGAGAGAUGCCGUGGGAUGGGAAUGCCAGAAGCUGAGUUUGAUGUCCACAUGAAAUGUCAUGUGUCUAACAUGGAAGGAUUUCGCUGUUUUAUCUGUCAGUUCAUGUGUCUCCACUGGCGCAACAUGCGUCAUCACUAUUGUAAGGUUCACGACCAAAUGCUCAGUAAAGUCACCUGCGACUUCGAAGGAUGUCAAAAGGAGUUUCCAAAGUAUGGUGCUCUUAGAACCCAUGUAACAAUAUCACAUAUCAAGCCAGACUUGGUCACAAAACUGAGCACAUCUACGUCCGAUCUAUCAGAGUUCUCGUCUUACUUGGACAAUGUGAAAAUCAAGAAAAUAGGAAAGGAAGACCACGAAGAAGAUGACGAGGAUGACGGAGAGGAACCGAGGAAGCAACGAGGUAGACCUCCAAAGCGUAAGAGGCCUGUUGGCCGACCGCCUAAAGACACUGAAGGCUAUAGUAGGAGGCAGAAUUUACAACGCAGGGUGCAUGGGGAAGAUCGAGAGAAGUUCCAGCGUAGACUUGUGGCAUUUGUUUGUGAGGUUUGCAGCGCCAAGUUCAACGAGGAAGAGAAGUUGAUGGAACACAGCCUCCGACAUUACCAUAAUGAUAAUGACCAGAUCAACUGCACAGAGUGCGAAGCGUUUGUCACGGCCGAGGAGUCCUCACUUCGCAUUCAUAUGUCCGAGGAGCAUAAGAGGUUGCUACAGCUGCACCGAUGCGACAAAUGCAACUUCUCUUCGAAUCGGUUUCAUGAUCUGAAGAAACAUAACAUCGUCCACACCGGCGCGAAGAACUUCAUGUGCGAUAAGUGUGGGAAGUGCACCACGACGCCAUACAAUCUGAAGGUCCAUUACAGACGAAUGCAUGCUUCGGACGAAGAGAAGAAAAUCAAGUGCAUCUCAUGCGAGUACAGGUGUGCAGACAAGGCCGUUUUGAAGGAUCACAUUCGACAAAAGCAUGGCCUUCUCAUCAACGGUGACGAGUACACGAACCCCGGUCGAUGCUCCUCUACCCGUGCCCUCAUUGUACCUACAUGGGUCGCAAGCAGUCCAGUCUGGACUACCACAUGCGCAUUCACAACGAGAACCGCCAGUACAAGUGUCAUAUCUGUCCCUAUGCCAGCAAGACCAAGAACAACCUGGUGCUGCAUCUUCGCACCCAUGACGGAAUGAGACCAGUGAAGUGCCCCCAUUGUGACUUCAGAGGCGCAACAAACAAAAUCAUAUCUGAACACGUCAUGUGCAAACACGCCAACGUCCGCCCCUACCACUGUAACAUCUGCGGCUGGAGCACGGCUUACAGCGGAAACAUG